GCCGUCCUUUAUUAUCACUUGUCCUCGAGCGGAGCGGGGCGGGCGGCAGUCUGUCUCUCUUCGAAUUGAAAAUUUGAAUCCUCUUCCCCCCAUUCCCUUCCCUUCCUCCCCUCCCCUCCCCUCCUUCCAGGGUUCCACCACCGCGCCGCAGCCCGCAGAGCAGGCCGGAGCAGAAGAGAGAAGUCGAGCCGAGUCCAUCCACAACAGAUAGAUUGAUGGGGUGCGUGUCGUCGACGUUCACCGAGGACGACGAGCGGCGGAUCAUCGGGGUAUCCGCCUCCGCAUCCCACAUCGUCUCCCUCACCUCCUCCACCUACGGCAUCCUCACCUACAACCUCGCCGCCCAGGACGCCUCCCCAUCCACCAAGUCCGCACCCCCUCCACCGCCGCCGCCUCCGCCCGCCCCUCCGCUCUCGCUCCCCUCCUGCAGGGCCAAGCCCAAGCCGCCCUCCGACGAGCAGCCGGAGGCGGAGGUCAUCAACUCGUGGGAGCUCAUGGCCGGCCUGCACGACCCCUCCACCCCGGCCAAAUCGAGGUCCCCGCGCGGCCCCGCCCGCAGGGACGCCGGCGACCGCCCGCCCCGCCCCAUCCGCUUCCCUCUCCGCGCCAUCGACGGCAACGCCGCGGCGCGCGUGCCCCCUCCGCCGCAGCGCUGCCCGCCCGGCGGCGCACGCUGCGCCGUGCUCUACACCACCACGCUCCGCGCCGUGCGCGCCACCUUCGAGGCCUGCAACGCGGCGCGCGCGGCCCUGCAGUCCCACGGAGUCGCCUUCCGCGAGCGCGACGUCUCCAUGGACCGCGGCUUCCGGGACGAGCUCCGCGCGCUGCUCCUCCCGGGCGCCCCGGCGGCGCUGCCGCGGCUGUUCGUGCGGGGGCGCCACGUGGGCGGCGCGGAGGAGGUGCUGCGGCUGGACGAGGAGGGCGCGCUGGCGCCGCUGCUGGAGGGCCUCCCCCGCGCGCUCUCCCACGGCUGUUGCGACGGCUGCGGCGGCAUGAGGUUCCUCCCCUGCUUCGACUGCUCCGGCAGCCGCAAGGUGCUGUCCGGCUCCGGCGCCGCGGUGAAAGGGCGCCCGGAGAGGGGCGUGGUGCUCCGCUGCCGAGAGUGCAACGAGAACGGCCUCGUGCUCUGCCCCAUCUGCUCCUGACCAGCCGGAUUUUUCACCUCACUCCGUCGAUCUACUCCAAAACAACAGAGCUUGUACUGAUGGGCAAUGGGCAUAGCAGUGAACAAUAAUUGAGCAUCUGAACCUCGGCAGGAGAGGUGAGGCUUGUCCUGAGCGCCGCCGUGUCGAGGGGGAAGAGCUCGUCGCGGCCUCCUCCGGGCACAACAUAGGGACGCCCCUACCCAUCUCUCUUUGUCUGCGUUGUAAUUUAGCAGCUCUGUUUCUGAUAUUAGUUUACAGUUUUGCAAAAGCACAUUUGGCACAUCUAAGUCCAAUAUCAUUGAUCUCAAGUA